AUGAGCGGUGAAACCUCAUCCAAGCUGGGCUCGACCCUGGCCAAGGGCCUCGGUAUCAAGGUUGCUUACAGAGACCCUCUGGGCGCAACUGCCGACCCUGUGACCAGAGGUGAAUCAACAUUCUCUAUGGGCACCGUCGACACAAACCUAUACAACGAACCCGAACCGACAAGUUGGGAAUGGAUCACCGAAGUCCUCCCCUCGCCUCGCCAAUUGGGCCGAUACUUCAUCAGCUUGUUCCCUUUCCUCACAUGGAUUACCAACUACAACCUGCAAUGGCUGUAUGGUGAUCUGAUCGCCGGUAUCACCGUCGGUGCCGUCGUGGUGCCACAAGGUAUGGCCUAUGCCAAAUUGGCGGGCCUGGAAGUGCAGUACGGUUUGUACUCCUCGUUCAUGGGAGUUUUGAUUUAUUGGUUCUUCGCCACAUCUAAGGAUAUUACAAUCGGACCCGUCGCGGUUAUGUCCACUCUGACUGGAACUAUCGUGCUCGAUGUACAAAAAACCUACCCGGACUACCCUGCUCAUUUGAUUGCAUCUUCCCUUGCCAUCAUCUGUGGUGGAAUUGUGUUCGUGCUGGGUAUCUUCCGCCUGGGAUUCAUUGUCGACUUCAUUCCCCUCCCGGCUAUUUCGGCUUUCAUGACAGGCUCUGCUCUCAACAUUUGCUCAGGACAAGUGUCGACCAUGCUUGGCGAGACUGCUGAAUUCAGCACUCGCGGUGCUACUUACGAGAUCAUUAUCAACACACUCAAGCAUCUCCCAUCCUCGCAACUUGAUGCUGCGAUGGGUGUCACUGCUUGUGCCAUGUUGUACAUUAUCCGCUCUGCAUGCACCUUUGCCGCCAAGAAGCAACCUCACCGGGCUAAGGUUUGGUUCUUCAUUUCCACCCUCCGCACAGUGUUUGUGAUCCUCUUUUACACCAUGAUCAGUGCCGCGACCAACUUGCACCGCAAGGACAACCCGGCAUUCCAGCUCCUUGGAUAUGUUCCUCGUGGAUUCCAACAGGCCGCUGUGCCCACCAUGGACCGCUACAUCCUCAAGGAGUACGCCGGCCAACUCCCUGCCGCAGUAAUUGUUCUUCUGAUUGAGCACAUCGCUAUCUCCAAGUCGUUUGGUCGUGUGAACAACUACACCAUCGACCCUUCUCAAGAAUUCGUGGCUAUUGGUGUUAGCAACCUUCUCGGUCCUUUCCUCGGUGGUUACCCUGCCACUGGCUCUUUCUCUCGAACUGCCAUCAAGUCCAAGGCUGGUGUCCGGACUCCCCUCGCUGGUGUUAUCACCGCUGUUGUGGUGCUCCUGGCCAUUUACGCUUUGCCCGCUGUCUUCUAUUACAUCCCCAAGGCCUCCUUGGCUGGUGUUAUUAUCCACGCUGUUGGUGAUCUGAUCACCCCUCCCAACACUGUGUACCAAUUCUGGCGUGUAUCCCCUCUUGAUGCGCUCAUCUUCUUCAUUGGUGUCAUUGUUACUGUGUUCACCUCUAUCGAAGAUGGUAUCUACUGCACCAUCUGUGUGUCGCUUGCAGUUCUCCUCUUCCGCAUUGCCAAGGCUCGUGGUCAGUUCCUCGGACGUGUCACUAUUCACUCUGUGGUCGGAGACCACCUUUUGGACACCGAUGGAAAGUACGGUUCUCUCGCCAACGACAAGAAGCCCUCCGACGACGAAGAUCACCACCACCGUACCAUCUUCCUGCCCAUCAACCACACCGAUGGUUCCAACCCUGACAUCCAGGUGGAGCAGCCUCUCCCCGGUAUCUUCAUCUACCGAUUCGCCGAAGGUUUCAACUACCCCAACGCCAACCACUACACCGACUUCUUGGUCUCGACCAUCUUCAAGAACACUCGCCGGACGAACCCACAAGCCUACAAGAACCGCGGCGAUCGCCCCUGGAACGACUCCGGCCCUCGCCGCGGCAAGGAGGGCUCUCAAGACGACUCCCACCUGCCCCUCCUGCAGGCCGUCAUUCUGGACUUCUCAUCUGUGAACAACGUGGAUGUCACCUCCAUCCAGAACCUGAUCGAUGUUCGCAACCAGCUGGAUCUGUACGCCUCUCCCCGCUCGGUACAAUGGCACUUCGCACACAUCAACAACCGCUGGACAAAGCGCGGCCUGGCAGCCGCCGGCUUCGGAUACCCAACCCCAGUCUCCAACGAAGGCUUCCACCGGUGGAAACCCAUUUUCAGCGUCGCUGAAAUCGAAGGAAACGCCUCUGCCGCUGCCCAUGCCGAGAUCAUCAACAACCAGCGCGAGCUGUCCUACCACAAAGCCGAUGACCCCGAGCACGGUCUCAAGUCCGAGCACAGCGCCAUCGAACGCGAGACUCAUGGUGUCGAGAGCUCGGCUUCCGAGCACUCCGACGUCAUCCACGAGGACAAAUUCACUUCAGAUAUCACCCACAGCAAGGCUUACAGCAGCCGUCGCAAGGUUGCGCUCGUGCAGGGCAUGAACCGACCUUUCUUCCAUAUCGAUUUGAACGCCGCCCUCCAGAGUGCCGUGGCCAACUCUUCCGACGAGGUUCCCCAUCUUGGUUAA